AUGUAUGUCAAAAUGUGGGCCCACUGGGUACGCCCAAGCAGGCGCUUCAGCACAGUGAGAAGUCUAAUGAGCAUCCCAUUUAACAUUUACACAAACGGUUGUUUAGUCUCUUCCAAUCAAUUCCUUAGUGAAGUUUUUUUAAUGAAUAAAAAGCUUGCGUAUUAUGUAAACGAUUAUUUUGGGCUUCAGGGCUGGUCAAAUAGUAGGGGGAAAAAAAUAGGCUGCCUUUUCCCGCCAUGUUACUCUCAAGUGGUUUUUCAAUUUUGCGUUUUAAUGAACAAUUACGAUUACGUGUCCAUCCCAACACCUGUAAAGAAGGCAAAACAGACAAAGCAGAAAUAUUCCUUUUACAUAGCAGAGAAUAACAUCGAUUUAAUUCUUUGCCAUCCUUUCUACAAACAUUUUAUCGAAGAAAUUUCCCUCAAUCUGCAAAUUCCUUUUUUAAUAUGUUAUGACAGGCCGGAUGUUUUAUCGCAUGAGGAGUAUUUGGACGAUUUGAAAGAAGGGCGGGAAAAUUUCGGCCAUAAGUUUAUGUACCAGUUGAAGAAGGAUGAACAGUGGGCGAAUGGGCAAAUGGGGGGAGAGAUGAACGAAGCGCAGGAGAGAUAUUUCAUUCGAGGGAUUGGGGAAGACGGAAAUAAUUCUGCCGCGAAGGGGAUGACCCCCCUACAGGGCGAUUCCCCGUCUGCCUUCCAUUUGUACUUAUCCAAAGAGAACGAGUGCGACAAAAGCGUACAGUUUUUAUCCACCUGCAUUUUCAACCAGUCCAUGCAUUUAAGUAACUUCUUCAAUUGGGGGCAAAGCAACACCAUCGCCUUGAUGUGCGUGCCAGCGAACAGUAUACUCUAUUUUGAUGUGCUCUUUAGCCUCCUUUUUUCUGGCGCGACUGUCACUUUCCCCGAAGCGAGCAAAAAGAAGACGUUAAAUUGUAAUGGCUACAUGGACUGGUUUAAGGAACAUAUGAAGAGUAAAGAGAACAAUUUCGCGGUUCACAAUUUGCUAAUUAAAAAGGACUUCACCGAUGUUGAUUUUAAUUUCACCGAUGGCAUGAAUUUAUUUGAAGAGCUAUUCCAUGUGGAGAUGCCCAUAAAUAUGCUCGUCUGUAACAAUUAUUUAAUUCGCGAUUUUCUUUUUUUUUUUAAAAACUCCGAUAUGGACAUCGGGACGAAAAUGGAGUUUAUCCAAAAGAAGGCAUCCCACAUGCAGACCAUCCUCCUGAGCGGAAACGAAAUAAUGCCAGGAAUUAACAUAAAUUACGUCGAACAAAUAAAAAACGUUUUCAUCAAUGCUAAAAUAUAUGUGCGCUAUGUUGUGCAGGAAGUGGGAACUGUCAGCAUAAUGGAGUUGGGCCAACUGGAGCAGGACAACAUCCCCUAUGAAAGAAAAUUAGCUGGCUACGUUCUUCCAAGUGUUCGCGUCCAAAUUGAUCCAAACACAAAUGUUUUGAAGAUAAAAUCAGAUAAUGUGUUUAGUCAGUAUUACAAUAAUGGGAAGCUGACCACCCAGGCUUUUGACCGGGGGGGCUUCUUCAAAACCAAGUACGUGGCGUCGCUAGCGGACAACGCCCUUUUGAAAAUCGAGGGCAUCCACAACGACGUGGAAAACCUCCCCGACGAGUACUACCUCUACUUUAGGCAGCGCCGAGACAGGAUGGAGAAGCACCCCCCCGGGUACCUCAAGCGCGUGCGCCUGCAGGGCCAGAUAUGGGGCAACUUCCACGCCAACCGCAGGAACUGGAAGCGCAAGUUUUAA